AUGUAUUUUUUACCAUUUGGGUUCUUAAUUUUUUUCAGAUUUCGCAUCCUGAGAAACAGAUUAGUUCUAAUUGUACCUGUACCUGUACUUGCCCUUUUACUUGUACACUAUAUCUUACAAAACACAUCUCCCCAAACUAAUCGAAUUAAGGGCGUCAAGAGCAAGACUAAUGGGGACAUCAAUGACAAUAUACACAUUAAUGGUUUACGAAUAUAUCUAUUGGCAUUUUAUUAUUAUUAUUAUUGGAACAUGUCAAAUGAAGAACCCUGGAGCGUAUUGAGAGUUGAACAGGUUGAUAAAGAACCUGGUCUAAACUUAUAUACACACAUAGUGAUGAACUCUAGUAUUUUCAUUUUCUCGGUUUUGAGAUUCUAUACUUGUAUAGACAUUGAAAAUGGAUAUAUGGAAUUACGAUUUCUUUCUUUAACUGUAAGUAUUGAUAGAUCCUAUAUAUGUUACUAG